GAAACUCCGCCAGUUUUUAGGAAGUGCUGCUGUGUCAAGAGCCUGUGCAUGAGACCCCAGCGGGCCAGGACUUACUUCCUCCCCACACAGGGCUGGGCGGGGCUAGCAGGAAGGGGCCUCUUACAGGCAAGGUGACGCACCCCUGCCUGGCCAGCCCGAGCAGCAGCUGGGUCUGCGGGACAACGGGAGCACAAGCCACCUCUCCCCUGAGGGCUUCAGAUGGACCUGUGCCACCCAGGUGACUUCCCCUGUCUGAGUUCCGAUUUGUCAUCCUGGCCUGGCCUGGGGGACUGGGGGACACACAGGGAUUUGGAGAGGUUCCAGCUCCAACCAACCUGCCGGCAGUUAUGGUGACCCUCUUCCUUCUGAGGGCCUGGGAUUCCCCACCUUGAUUAUGGACAGGACGGUGGUGAAGCUUCGUGGCGAAGGUUCGCCCAGGGCUGCCUCUCCUCCUCCUGCCUUGGUCACGUGUCCGGAAGCAGACCCGGUGGAGCUGAGCAGCGGGGAGGCGGAGGAGCUGCAGCGCAUCAAGUGGCACCGGAAGCAGCUUCUGGAGGACAUCCAGAAGCUGAAGGAUGAGAUCGCGGAUGUGUUUGCCCAAAUCGACUGCUUCGAGAGCGCGGAGGAGAGCCGCAUGGCCCAGAAGGAGAAGGAGCUGUGCAUCGGGCGCAAGAAGUUCAACAUGGACCCCGCCAAGGGCAUCCAGUAUCUCACCGAGCACAAGCUGCUGACCCCCGACGUCCAGGACAUCGCCCGGUUCCUGUACAAGGGCGAGGGCCUCAACAAGACAGCCAUUGGCACCUACCUGGGGGAGAGGGACCCCGUCAACCUGCAGGUCCUCCAGGCCUUCGUGGACUGCCACGAGUUCGCCAACCUCAACCUGGUCCAGGCCCUCAGGCAGUUCCUGUGGAGCUUCCGGCUGCCCGGGGAGGCGCAGAAGAUUGACCGGAUGAUGGAGACCUUCGCCACGCGAUACUGCCUCUGCAACCCGGGCGUCUUCCAGUCCACAGACACCUGCUACGUGCUGUCCUUCUCCAUCAUCAUGCUCAACACCAGCCUCCACAACCCCAACGUGCGGGACCGGCCGCCUUUCGAGCGCUUCGUGUCCAUGAACCGCGGCAUCAACAACGGCAGCGACCUGCCUGAGGAGCAGCUGCGGAACCUCUUCGACAGCAUCAAGAGCGAGCCCUUCUCCAUCCCCGAGGACGACGGCAACGACCUCACUCACACCUUCUUCAACCCGGACCGGGAGGGCUGGCUGCUCAAGCUGGGGGGCCGUGUGAAGACGUGGAAACGGCGCUGGUUCAUCCUGACCGACAACUGCCUCUACUACUUCGAGUUCACCACCGACAAGGAGCCACGGGGAAUCAUACCCCUGGAGAACCUCUCUGUGCAGAAGGUGGACGACCCCAAGAAGCCAUUCUGCCUGGAGCUCUACAACCCCGGCUGCCGGGGCCAGAAGAUAAAGGCCUGCAAGACGGACGGCGACGGCAAAGUGGUGGAGGGCAAGCACGAGUCCUACCGGAUCUCGGCCUCCAGUGCCGAGGAGCGCGACCAGUGGAUCGCGUCCAUCCGAGCCAGCAUCACCCGCGUCCCCUUCUACGACCUGGUCUCUGCUCGGAAGAAGAAGAUUGCCAGCAAGCAGUGAGCUUCCUGGGGGUGGUGCUGGGGCACCUGGAGACCCGCCUCCCGUCCCAGUGCACACUUCCCUGGCUGUAGACAUCCUCCCUCUCCCCACGUUACCUCUUACCUGGGGCUGACUGUAGGGGGGAGGUGGAGCCCAGGAGGGAACCUCAGGGGGCUCAGAGCCUGGCAGGGAGGCGCCCUGGCGCUGGGAACCCAGCCGCAGCCAAGAGAGGCCCUCAGGCCCCGCCCUAAGUCCACCACAGUAAAGGGGGAGAGAAGCAAGUGAAGAGAAACCAGCCCCAGAACCCAGCGCACGUCUUCCCUCUGGACAUCAGAGUCCCCAUCUCUGAAACACCUCCUUGCACUCGGAAGUGCUGUCGGCCUCAGAGCAGUAGGGGCCGGGCUCCCUGGUUGCUCCUGCCCUCCUGCCCCUCCUCCUGCUCGGAGGGUAUCUCUGCCAGCUCCUCCCCUGUCCUCAGGCCAGGCUUGGACGCACACACAGAGCUCAGCACACACACACAGCUCAGACCCACGGACGGGACCCCAAGGAGAUACCAGGAGCACUGCACUGGGAGCCCAGACCCCUCAGUCUGUCCCAGCUCUGCCUCUGACUCACUGUGUGCCCUCUGCCAAGUCAUGGUCCUUCUCUGGACCUUGCAAAACUGCAGUGUUGGGCUAGAAACAUCCUGGCUCCCGCUGGCUCUGGAGCCAGCGUCCGGCUGGAAAUGCGGCACUUGCUCACUGAGCCGGGGAGACGCUGGGCUGGAGGCUGCUGGGAAGAGGAGAGCAGAGGGGGCUCCACCCUCAGCGAUGCCUAUUUGGAGUAGAGGAGCAAGUGGGACCCCUCAGAAAAUGACAGAGAGCGUCCCCGACAGAUGGGACUCGAGCAGGAUGGGUGCUAAAACCAAUAAGCCAAGAAGAGAGAGCUUUGCGGGCUGUGGUUACCAGGAGGCAGCGUUUGAGCCAACAAGUGACACGGAGCUCAUGCUUGGAGUCUCGGCCACGGCUCCCCUGGAGCAGGCCCAGCAGCGCCAUGGUGGUGAGGGGCAGCCCGGUGGGUCCCGGCAUCUCGAGGCUGUCUGCGGCAGCAUCGGAGACAGUCUCCAGGGAGGCCCAGCCUCGGGGAAGAUUCCACUAGUUGGAAGCACUUCAACCCCUCACACAGGCUCCAGGGAGCCCCCAGAGGGAAAUUCCUUGGCGGAGGAACAGGAAACAGGGUUGCCUCUGCCCCGCUGCCGGCCCAAGUGGCAAGUGAGCUAGAGCAGGUGGAUUCCCCAGGAGGAACCGCAGCUCGCCAGGCACCCCACACGCCUACCGUCCACAGGGUCAGGAUGGACUAGCUGCCCUGUGAGGUGGUGAGAUCCCUGUCUCUGGAGGUGUGCAAGUACCUGGUAGUGAUAUUGCACUGGGGAAGGUCUGGGCUGGGUGCCACAGAAGGAGGCCUGGACAGUUGAGGAUUUCCACAGGUUCACGGCAGCCUGUGGGCUGAGCCCCAGCCUCAUUUGGCCUGUGAAGGGGAAGCCGGGGGUCAUGAAAGGAACACUGGGCUGGGGGUCAGGGGGUCAGAGGUCCUCUCCUGCCUCUGGCACACACCGGCUGUGUGACUUUAGUCUGCUCCCUUCCUCUCUCUGGUCCCCAGCUCCGCCCGCCACGGAGCAGGUGGGAUCGGUGAUUUUCUAGGCAUGAGUGGCUGUUCUGGCAGUCGCUCAGACGAGAGAAUAAAGUUCAUGAUCCCACCUGUGAGUGGGGCUCUGUCCUCUCCGUGA